AUGACCACAGGACCUAUGAUUUCGACAAGCGAUCACGCAGAGAUCGGCCCGAACAAGGUCAGAAUUUCGAAAAUUGCUGGACGAUAUCUAGUAUUCGACCCUGACGCAGCUUCUCUCCUCCGGAGACAAGAAAACACGGCUGGUACUUUGGUUGGGACAACACCACAGCAACCAACUCAAAAUCUUUUUUUGGGAUUGCCCGUGGAGCUGCGACCUGAGGAAGCGUAUAUCCUUGCACGAAAAGGAUCAGCAUACAUCGUAGACGACGUGGCUGCUCACGGCAUUGCCCUGAACUCCGCUAACAAAGAGGCGCGGGCGUUGUAUAUAGACCAUCUGCGGCAGAGCAAAAAGACCGUGCAGCAUGCGUUAGCGGAACAUGCCGCCUCACGAGCGGCACCCACAACUGCUCGUCAGAAACAAAACAAAGCUGGCAUUAGCUGCCCAUCUACCAUGGGUAUUGACAGCCAUACUGUAGCCAGUGAUAUCAUCACCUAUCCUGACGACAAACACCAAGUCAGCACCGUAGGACUUCUAUCUUUAACUCCUGUAUCCAGCAUCUCUCUAUUGCCCCGAAACACACUUAGACCGUCUGACAUGCAAUCGGAGCCUGCGGCCUCGCUGUGCGGGUUUCUUCAGGAGAGAGGCUACUAUAUGACGCCCGGGUUGAGAUUUGGUGCUCAACAUAGCGUUUAUCCUGGUGACCCGCUGCGCUUCCAUGCACACUUCAUGGCAAAUGAGUACGAAUGGGAUGAGCACAUAGCUAUUUUGGACAUUGUUGGAGGUGGACGCCUAGCAACAGCCGUGAAGAAGGCCUUUUUGCUGGGCGGGCAAGAGCCAGCGUGUGACUCACGCCCAAGUUCGAUCCAUACAUACAGCGUCGAGUGGGCGGCCAUGUAA